CCAGUAAUGUUGGCUGCAUUGCAAACGCGGUAAGGGCUUCUCCUGACCUGGGUACUAAUACAACCUUACAAAUGUUCGAUUUGAGAGUACUGAUCCUACGUCGAUCCUGCUGCGUCCGGAAUACUCGUGCCGCGAGUAUCCCUAGAGACACCAAACGUUUUAGUGUCUUCGUCGUACGUUAGUCUCGUACUAGAUUGCGCGAUCCUAUACCCGAGCCACAAUAACCUCUCCUUCCGGACGGCCCUCAUCAAGGCCAUUUCGAAAUACUUCUCGUCAUCAUCGAUUUUAUCGUUAGCAAACCAGGCCGAAGGGAAGUAGUCGUCGACGAAAAGAAGACCCCGAAGGGCAAAGUCCUCAGGCACGGGACAUGGCGGGUCGUUGGUUUCCCUCAGGAACUCGUCGCUGCAAAUGCGUUCAUAAGUGUUGUAGUUAUCAAGGAGUCCGUUGAGCAUCACCAAAAGCAGUUUCCAUGGAAACACAUGCUCGAGAUAUUACGAAGAAUUAGGAAAAUGGACGAGGUUGGAGUAGUCACGAGAAAGGAAGGCGAUAGUGAACGGCGCGCGUGGAAUAUAUGCACAUUAUGGGCAAUAAGAUACGGUAUGAAGUUUGCAGCAGAGAAAAGCGAGUUGCUGCAUUUCUUACGGAAUGGCACAUAUACGGCCUCUCUUAACCUCUCGGGAGCAACUAUAAAGCUAGCAGAAAGCGUCCGGUUCUUUGGAGUCCACUUCACAGGCCGCCUACGCUGGGGGAAACACCUUGCAGCACUCCGGAAGAAACUUACAGUUCAACAGUAC